AAUUCAAUAUUUAGAAGGCUGUGAUAUUUUAUCAACUCAUCUGUCAACAAGUUUCAAAAUUCAAAGUUAGGUUAUUGAGUUUAAAAUUACUAAUCUAAAUAAAAGUAUUUAAAUUUUAUUGUGCAAUGGAUCGAGGCGAUUCUGAUUCUCAAAAGUCUGAUAAAAUGUUUUCUCUAAAAAAAUGGAAUGCUGUUGCGAUGUGGAGCUGGGAUGUGGAGUGUGAUACUUGUGCUAUUUGCAGAGUCCAAGUUAUGGACGCCUGCCUCCGGUGCCAGGCUGAGAGCAAACAGGAUGCGCGCUACGGCCGCCAGGACUGUGUGGUGGUGUGGGGGGAAUGCAAUCACUCCUUCCACUAUUGCUGCAUGUCGCUCUGGGUCAAGCAGAACAACCGCUGUCCGCUCUGCCAGCAGGAGUGGUCUAUCCAGAGAAUGGGCAAAUAGUCCACCAACUACUCAAUUCUAUCACAAAUAAUAUUGCCAACAGCAGUGGUCUAUCCAGAGAAUGGGCAAAUAGUCCACCAACUACUCAAUUAUAUCUCAAAUAAUAUUGCCAACAGCAGUGGUCUAUCCAGAGAAUGGGCAAAUAGUCUACCAACUACUCAAUUUUAUCUCAAAUAAUAUUGCCAACAGGAGUGGUCUAUCCAGUGAAUGGGCAAAUAGUCCACCAACUACUCAAUUCUAUCACAAAUAAUAUUGCCAGCAGGAGUGGUCUAUCCAGAGAAUGGGCAAAUAGUCCACCAACUACUCAAUUCUAUCACAAAUAAUAUUGCCAGCAGGAGUGGUCUAUCCAGAGAAUGGGCAAAUAGUCCACCAACUACUCAAUUCUAUCACAAAUAAUAUUGCCAACAGCAGUGGUCUAUCCGUAGAAUGAGCAAAUAGUCAACCAACUAUUCGAUAUUAUCACAAUAAUUUUCAUCCAGAGAAUGGACAAAUAGUCAACUAACCAAUCAAUUUUAUCACAAAAAAUAUUGCCAACAGGAGUGAUCUAUCCAGAGAAUGGGCAAUUUGUCCACUAACCACUCAAUUUUAUCACAAAAGUAUUGCCAACAGGAGUGAUCUAUCCAUAGAAUGGGCAAAUAGUCCCCUAGAUACUCAAUAGUAUCACGAAUUGGGACCAGGAGGUAGCUUCCAACUUAUUGAGUACUGGUGAUCAUAUCCAACAAGGUAAUGGAUGUCAUUCGUUAUUUUUAACCAAACAUUUUAAAGUGUGGAUGUUGAUCAGUUUCUGGGAGAACUAUUAGGGGUGUAAAUGUGGUUUCAUAUUGUAAAAAGUGGAUUUGGUAAUUUUAAGAUUCAUUUUUAUAUAGUUGAAAUAAUUUUUAUUCGUUAUAUCAAACCAAACAUUUGCUGGAUGUUGAUCACGUUCUGGGAGAACUAUUAGGGUUUAAAUUUGGGUUGAUAUUAUAAGAAUUAGAUUUGGUAAUUUUAAGAUUUAUUUUAUAUUGUAGAAAUAAUUUUCAUUUGUUAUUUCAAACCAAAUAUUUAAAGCUGUAGAUGUUGAUCACAUUCUGGGAGAACUAUUAGGGGUGUAAAUUAAUGCGGAUUGAUAGAGUAAGAGGUGAAUAAUUAUGGUAAUUUUUUAAGAUUAAUUUUAUAUUGUGGAAAUAAUUUUAGUUCCUGGAUGUAAUCAUUUCUGUUUUUAUAAUAUGGGCUAUUUGAAGAAUUUAGUUGAUGAAACUCGAAAGAUCAAACCGUUAUCAAUAUAUACACAAUUAAAUACAUUUUACUAAUAACACAAAAUAAAAAAUAUCAAAAGUACCCUUCAUUUUUUAGUAACACUACUAUUUUCAACUCUUCAUGAGUCAUGGUCAAGUUUAAUUAGAGGUAAAACUAGAAGUGUUGGUAAAGUAUUGGUAAAGGGUAGAUACUUUUGAUAGUUUAUUAUUGUGUUUUAUAUUCAGUAGCCCUAAAAAGGGGAGUGUAUAUAAUACUAAUAAAUACAUCAAUAUGAACACCACAUACAACAGAACUCUCCAAAACUUACUAAUCGUUUAUUAUAGAAUAAUAUGACUUUUAGUUCAUUUUUUAUGUUUCUCCAAUCCAAUAAAUUGGAGAAUAAUUCAAAUAAUAGUAUUUAUAAGAGAAUAUCGAUAACAGAGCAUUCAUUCAAGAAAAAUAUUGUAUAAAUGCGUUUAAUCUUUUAAUGUUGGUAUAAUUAUUGAAAAUAAUUAUUUUAUUCCUUUGAAUGUUAACAAACUUGAAACACAGUUGAUGAAAAAAUGUGUAACUUAUCACUAUUAAGUACCAUGGAGAAAAUAUAGAAUGAUAGCUUAUGCUAUCUUCUCUUCAUGUAAGUACUAGCCUAUAUCUAUUCAGGAUUUCCAAUCUUUUAUGAUAAUUUUGUGUAAUUGAAGUGUUGUACGCAUUUAAAUACAGUGAGUAGGGCUGAUUUUAUCCAAAAUGGAACAUGAAUAUAUUGUUGUAAAGGACUGAGUUGAUUGUAAAUGUAUAUAUGUUUGAUAUCUUGAAAGCUAUUAAAAUAUCAAGAACUAUA